CUUAGCCCUCCAGCCCCCUUUUCUCCACAUGCCGGGGAAGCCAGGGGCCAACAUGGACCUUCCUGUCGACACCAGCUGAGCUUGAAAGCCUCAGCUCUCGGAAGACCAUGGAAAGGGACAAUAGUCGGAAUGCUUCCCCAGCAAGGACGUCUCCAGCCCAGGCAUCCCCAGGACAGGCGUCGCCGGCCCGGGCAUCGCCUUUCAGGUCAUCAUCAGGCAGGUCAUCAUCCACCAGAUCAGCCUCCGUAACAGCCUCGCCAACACGAGUGUACCUUGUAAGAGCAGUACCGGUGGGAGCCGUGCCAGUCCGGACAGCUCCUGCUAGGUCAGCGCCAGCCACCAGGGCUGCUGGGGAGAGCCCAGACUCCUCUCCAACAUCCUCAUCCUCCCCUGCUGCUGCCCCACUCGUAGGUAUCAGCUUGCCCAAGUUCACCUGGCAAGAGGGCCAGAAGCAGCUGCCACUUAUCGGAUGUGUCCUCCUUCUCAUCGCCCUUGUGACAUCACUCAUCAUUCUCUUCUAUUUCUGGCGUGGUCACACAGGGAUCAAGUACAAAGAGCCAGUUGAGAGCUGCCCCCGGAAUGCUGUGCGCUGUGAUGGGGUAGUAGACUGCAAGCUGAAGAGUGACGAGCUGGGCUGUGUGAGGUUUGACUGGGACAGGUCUCUGCUUAAAGUCUACUCUGGAUCCUCCCAUCAGUGGCUUCCGGUCUGCAGUGACAACUGGAACGACUCCUACUCAGAGAAGACAUGCCAACAGCUGGGCUUUGAGAAUGCCUACCGGACAGCAGAGGUGACCUAUCGGGAUUUUACCAACAGUUUUGCAAUCUCUGAAUACAACUCCACUAUCCAGGAAAGCCUCUACAGGUCUCGGUGCCCUUCUCAGCGUUAUAUCUCUCUCCAGUGUUCCCACUGUGGACUGAGGGCCAUGACAGGGCGGAUCGUGGGAGGGGUGCUGGCCCCAGAAAACAAGUGGCCUUGGCAAGUGAGUCUGCACUACGGCACCACCCACAUCUGUGGGGGCACGCUGAUCGACGCCCAGUGGGUGCUCACUGCUGCUCAUUGCUUCUUCGUGACCCGGGAGAAAAUCCUGGAGGGCUGGAAGGUGUAUGCAGGCACCAGCAACCUCCACCAGCUGCCUGAGGCAGCCUCCAUCUCCCAAAUUAUCAUCAAUGGCAACUACACCGAUGAGCAGGAUGAUUAUGACAUCGCCCUCAUGCGGCUCUCCAAGCCCCUGACCCUGUCUUCUCACAUCCACCCUGCCUGCCUCCCCAUGCAUGGGCAGACCUUCAGCCUCAACGAGACUUGCUGGAUUACGGGCUUUGGCAAGACCAAGGAAACAGAUGAGAAGACAUCCCCCUUCCUCCGGGAGGUGCAGGUCAGCCUCAUUGACUUCCAGAAGUGCAACGACUACCUGGUCUAUGACAGCUACCUUACCCCCAGGAUGAUGUGUGCUGGGGACCUGCGAGGAGGCAGAGACUCCUGCCAGGGAGACAGUGGAGGACCCCUAGUGUGCGAGCAGAACAACCGCUGGUACCUGACAGGAGUCACCAGCUGGGGCACAGGCUGUGGCCAGAGAAAUAAGCCCGGUGUGUACACCAAAGUGACAGAAGUCCUCCCGUGGAUUUACAGCAAGAUGGAGAGUGAGGUGCGCUUCCGGAAAUCCUAAGCAGCCGAACUCCCCCACCUCCCAGCACUGGCUGCUGUAAAGACUCUGCCAAAGUGACCGGGCCAUUUGCAACAUCCUCUGGGCUAAAGGCCACCAGGCACCUUCAUUACUGCCACCUCCACUGUCUGCUGCCUCUGUGCAUGUACACGUGUGUGUGUGUGUAUGUGUGAGUGUGCUUGUAUAUGUGUGUUUGCUGCUCUCUCAUGGUCUUCAGAAACCAGGGGAGCGGUUACUUCUUCCCAAACCCCAGACUGGAAAUCACCUGGAGAUAACAGUUUGGCCACCAUGGAGGUUUCUAAAGGGUGUUCAUAACAGAUUGCGAAGACAGAACCCAAGGAAGGGCCUGGAAGUUCACACCAGGAAUUGUUGCUUCUCUGAUCCUGACUCAGAGACAAGUCUGGAAUGGGCACCACGGGCAGCCCCAGUGAUACUACUCUGUCCAGGGAUGGACACCUUGCCCCGUUGGAGUGCCUGGACUAUCCCUGCAGGAAGCUGUUCCUGCUGAUGUCACAUGCAUCCUGCCCUGUCUCGGACCUCCUGCCAGUGUCACGGCUAUCCAGGCUGGCCGCUGUGAAGAGGACUUGCUGUUCGGUGGUCAUAGGCCUUUGGGACAUAUUUUAUUUUAAUUUAUUUUUAUAUUCAAGAAAUGGAAGUAGAUGUAUUCUUAAAGAUUCUCCAAAAAUUGCAGAAGCCUGGUGAGUUAGCAUCAAUCAGCCCCAGAACUCCAAGGGAGCAGUGCCACCCUGGCGCCUACAGUAUGUACCUGAUCACAAGGGACCAGAUGAAGGGGUCUCUGGGAGCUACUCAGGGCAGUGAGUCUUCAUUGGGGCUGGCAGCAGAUCCAGCACAGACAGCCAUGGCUAUGCUGCAUGCAAGGGCUAGAAGCAGGGUGUGAGGGAACAUAGACUCCUCCUUGGGCCCUGAGCUGGGGACAACCGUGAUGGACAGACAUCCCUCAUAGCCAGGACUGUCCUGGUACAGUGGGGCUCCUUCUUGGCUUCUCUGCCUUUUGAUUUCUCAGUUGGUCCAGAAAAAAGACAAUUGACAUGAAAACUGCCAGGAAGAAAAAGCUGACACUGUCCCGAGGCCCUCCAAACUGGACCUACAUUGCCCUGCUCCUACGAACCCUCCACGUACCUGGCCUCAGUAACCAGUGAAGAUCUGGACCUUCCCCAGCCUAUGCUCUGGGGCACCUCUUCCUCCUGAGUUCCAUUCUCCUCACUUUCUUGGGCCUCUCUGGUGGUGCUAUGACUCUCACUGGCAGGGUCCAAGCAAAUCAGUAUAGCCCAGGCAGGUAGCUGCUUGCAAGAAAGAUCACCCUAAAACUGUAGGCUGCAGUUGGCUGGCAGAGCCUGAUGGUGCUGGUUACACUGGGAAAUGUCAUCAGGGCCAGGAGGCGGAGGGAAAAUAUUUAUGUCCACAUCAGUCCCCAGCAAUGGUGUUUAGCAAUAAAA